AUGAGAUAUAUAAUAAAAGGUGGAGUCUGGAAAAACUCCGAAGAUGAAAUAUUAAAAGCUGCUGUAAUGAAAUACGGCCUUAAUUAAUGGUCUAGAAUAUCAUCCCUUCUAGUCAGAAAAUCAGCAAAAUAAUGUAAAUAAAGAUGGUAUGAAUGGCUUGACCCAUAAAUAAAAAAAACUGAAUGGACUCGAGAAGAAGAUGAAAAAUUACUCCAUUUAGCCAAAAUAUUUCCUUGUUAAUGGCGUACAAUAGCCCCUAUAGUGAAUCGUACACCAAAUCAAUGCGUUGAUAGAUACGAAAGACUCCUUGAUAUAGCCUAAGGUAAAGACCCAGAUGAUCCAAAUGAUCCCAGAAAAUUAAAACCAGGCGAAAUAGACCCUAAUCCAGAAACAAAACCAGCUAAAGCAGAUCCCAUAGAUAUGGAUGAAGAUCAGAAAGAAAUGCUUGCUGAAGCACGUGUAAGACUGGCAAAUACGAUGGGAAAAAAGCCUAAAAGACUUGCUAGGGAAAAAUUAAUUGAAGAUGCAAGAAGAUAGGCUUAGUUAUAAAAAAGAACGGAAUUAAAAGCUGCUGGAAUAGAAAUAAUAGGAAAAAAGAAGCUUAAAGGGUUAAAUUAUAAUGCGGAGAUUCCUUUUGAAAGGAUUAUUCCUGAAAAAAUGUUCAAAAAUCCAAAAGAAGAAACGCCUUAGCCGAAUUUAAAUUUCCAAAAUUUAAGUUUAAGAGAUAUUGAGGGAAAAAUGAGAAUCGAAGAAGAGGAAAAACUAAGAAAGAUAGACGAAAAAAGAAUAAAAAAAUUAAAAGAAAAUGAAUUAGAAAAAGUAGUAGAAAAAAUGAAUUAAAAAACUAAAGAAAUACUUUCAUAAAGUACUAAAUUAGUCAUGCCAUCUCCUUAAUUGUAAGACAAAGAUCUUGAAAUACUUGGAAAAAUAAAUAAUUUCUAAUAAUUAACAACCACGGAUAAUGAAAUAACUAAAGGAUUAAUGGGUACUUAUUCACAAAGAGAAAUGCCUUUGACUUAAAUGAGAACUCCAAGAUAUUAGGAUUAAUUGUUAAAUGAAGCUAAGAAUUUAAUAGCAUUAAAUUAAACUUAAACUCCUUUAGUAGGUGGAUAAAAUCCUUAAUUAAUUGAAGAAAAAUAAGUUUUUUCAAAUUCAGUUUAAUUUAAAAUUCCUUAAACUCCUAAUAAUUUAAAAAAAAUUAUAGAGGAUUAAAAAUUAAUUAAUUAAGGAUUUGCAUUACCUGCAAGUAAAAGAAGAUACGAAUAAUAAUAAGAUACACCAUUUAGAGAUUAAUUUGGUUUACAUGAAAGUAUAAAAUCAGAAAAUGAAAUCCAUAAUACAAACGGAUGGGAAAACUAAUCUUAAUAUACUGAAGAUAGUUAAUUUAUGUAGAAAAACUCAUAAUAAAUAUUAAAGGAAAACAUAUUUAAUUUACCAAAACCUUAAAAUGAAUAUUAAUUUGAAAUUCCAGAUUUCGAAGCUGAGGAAGAUUUAGAAAAAUAAAAACGAAAUAAUUAGAUGCAGAAGAUGAAUAUAAACUUAAAAUGA